AUGGAUUCUAUGCGAAAGGGAAAGGAACCAUUGCUGGCUGAUUUGUUAUUUGCCAUGGCAGGGGUUGAUUGCAAAGCUGUUCGUGUUAGGCAGUCAUCGGGCCAGGAAAUGGGCACUUUUGUUAAUUCUUCUGUCCCUAAAAACAGUAUACAGAUAGUGAGAGAGCUACUUGUGAUUAUUGCCGGAAUAAAAAAAUGCAGAUAUCACAUAGAAAAUGUGUAUUUUGAGGCAGGGCCUAUAAGAAAGUAUUUAUUUAAGGCGAUUGAAGAGGAGAUACAGUACUAUUUAGAGAAGGUAGACCGCGUGCGGCAGGAGGUAAGAAACACAGCAGUGCAUAUUGAGGCCCUUCCUUUUAUAUUCCAGGAAGAGAUAGAGACAUUUACUGGUCUUACAGAAGUACUCAGAGACGCAGAUAGCGAGGGUGAUUUAUUUCUUUUGGGGGUUGUGCUUAAAAGUAGGUUAAAGUCAACUCGCAUUAUUAGUUCUUUAAUUGCACCAAUGAAUCGCAUACUUGUAAGACUAAUACAGGGAGAAGAUACUUCUGGGUACUUUGAAGAGCGGCACACGUAUGACUAUGCAGAGAGCUUUUGGAGCAGCCAUUACAGAAUAAAGGAGGCGGUGCCUGCAUAUCUUGCAGGAUGCUUUAACAAGCUGGUGGAGUUGGGAAAGAUAUCAAAGAUACGGCACGUAAUGGGAGAGUCAGCAAUAAAAUACGGCGCAGAAGUUCUUUCUGUGUGCUUAGAUAGAAGGUCUAGCAUAAUUAAUGAACAGAGCUUAAAUGCAUAUUUCAUGAGAAUAAUUGAGUGCCCUGCUGUAAGGCAGAUGUGGCAGGAAAGCAUGGCAGAGCUUUUUAGCAGAAUUGGGCUGGAUGUAAGCAAGUACUCAGAGCUGUUUCAGGAGAUUGGCGAGCGUAUACUGAAAGUUCCUAGCAAAAAGGAUAUAUCUCUGGUAAACUACUUAAUGAGAAAGGGCAGUGCUGGGUACUCUUCAUAUGAAGAGCAUGUUGACUCUCCCUCACUUUCCUUUCUAGACGACUGCACAUUUCUUCUAGAGAGUGUUGAGGGCGUGCGAUCGUCUCCAGUUACAUUCGUUUACAAUGAGGUCUCUCUAGAAAAAACUCUUUUAGGGAUUUAUGACACUCGAUGCAGUAAAAGUGUUGCUGGGCUUUCUUUGUUGCAGGGACUUGAUAUUACAUUCUCUUUAAAAGAGCCGCUCUCCAUGUUCUUUUCUGCUAAAUCUGUCUAUGAGCUUCGAAUUAUUUUUAGGCUGAUAUAUUCUCUUUAUGCGAUUGAGUAUUUUUUGUGCUCUCAGUAUAGCAACUGGCGUAUCAAGCAGGUGCUUCUUAGCUUUGUAACUGGCGUAAGGAUGGUUAUAACAGAGAAAAUAGAUACUGAAUUUCAGACAGUCAUUAACGAAGAACACAUACAGAACUAUACCGGAUCGCUGGAGAGCGCACUUUCUAACAUAAUGAAAGCAUCUCUCUUAACCAGCCCAUUUCUCAUACAGUUUUACAGUAAAGUGUUUUCUAUUGCCUUUAUGUAUAUUGAGCUGGCAAAUAGAGAGCAGCUUACAGUGGAGGAAGAGAAAGAAAUCCUUAAUUCACUAAGACAUUGCUUUAGAGCAGCUAUUCCUUAUGUAAAGUCGCCCUUAUUAAUUUUGCUGUUUGAAUCACUGUUAUGCACCGAACAGCCUGAAAUGGCCCAGAAUUCUGAUUAUUAUAGCAAUAUGCAUCCGGUAUAAAAUAAAAGAUUAUAAAGAAUUCGCACAAAAACUAACGAAAUAAGCACAUACAGACUUAAAUAAAGAAUAUAAACGAAC